GGAGAGCUGGGGGAGGGGGCGCGGCGGCGGCGGCGGCGGCGGGAGCCCUGCGUGAGGGGCCGCGCUUUCGAGGCGGAGGUUAGGAGCGGGGAGCGCGCCCGGAUCCAGCGUCCUGCUUCUCCGCUUCCCGCGCUGAGCUCUUCGCCUGUCGCUGAGGCGUCGGUGCCAGCUGCGUGAAGGAUGGAGAGGGCGGGGCGCGAAUCCUGAGCCAGAGACUGAAGUGCUUGGGGGUGGGCCGAGCACUUAGGGGCCGCUCUUCGGGGCCCGGGUGGUCUGGAACAAUGUUGCUUGGCUGGGCGGCUGCGGGAUAGGGCGGAAGGGGACAGGCUUGAGGCUUGGAUAGGCGUGAGGAGGCGCUGACGACCCCACGACCCGAGGUUUGUAACUGUAUUCGGAGGACGCCGGGUCCGGCUGGGACUGCCAGAGGAACCUGGCUUUGCAGGACUACGGAGGAGUAACGUCGAGUGAAUUGGAAGAGGGCCCUGGGCCGCACAAGCAGCGUCACCCUUUAUACCAGAAAGCUGGCGGGCACUAUGGGGAAAAAACAAAACAAGAAGAAAGUGGAGGAGGUGCUAGAAGAGGAGGAAGAGGAAUAUGUGGUGGAAAAAGUUCUCGACCGUCGAGUGGUAAAGGGCAAAGUGGAGUACCUCCUAAAGUGGAAGGGGUUCUCAGAUGAGGACAACACAUGGGAGCCAGAAGAGAACCUGGACUGCCCUGACCUCAUUGCUGAGUUUCUGCAGUCACAGAAAACAGCACAUGAGACAGAUAAAUCAGAGGGAGGCAAGCGCAAAGCUGAUUCUGAUUCUGAAGAUAAGGGAGAGGAGAGCAAACCAAAGAAGAAGAAAGAAGAGUCAGAAAAGCCACGAGGUUUUGCUCGAGGUUUGGAGCCGGAGCGGAUUAUUGGAGCUACAGACUCCAGUGGAGAGCUUAUGUUCCUGAUGAAAUGGAAAAACUCUGAUGAGGCUGACCUGGUCCCUGCCAAGGAAGCCAAUGUCAAGUGCCCACAGGUUGUCAUAUCCUUCUAUGAGGAAAGGCUGACGUGGCAUUCCUACCCCUCGGAGGAUGAUGACAAAAAAGAUGACAAGAAUUAACGCUCCUGAGUACCAGCCCCUGUCACAUCUGACUGUGGGUUUCAAGUGGGAAGGGAAGGAGUUCUACUUGUCUUGACACCAUAGAGGUGGCUUGAGAAGAUGUCCUUUGAAGAGCCAGUAUAGUUUCUGUGCCCUGCAGCAGCCCAAGUGCUUUAAAGCCGUUUCAAGCUGUAUAGUUUGCACACCCAUCCCAGUGGAGGGGAAAGGGGAUAAGUGUUUCAAGGCAACCUUUUCUGCACUUUGCUGCGAAAAGCAAAGGGCCUUCUAUGAAGGACAAAACUUGCAGAAUUGGGUGUGUGGGAGAGCAAAAAAAUACUGUAGAUCUUCAAAGAGCAUCUCCACAACCCACAGCCUUCUUCCCAAUAGUGUUAACUCUGCAUUUUUACAGUGUAGCAUGUGUGUAGUUUUUGGCUAUUACUGGUGUAUUAUUUGGGGGAGGGAGGGAUGGGGAGGGGAGAAAGGGAGAUGGGUAGCAUCAUUUUGAUUAACAUUUGGGGCCUGAUAGGGGAAAUGGUGAAGCAAUGGAAAAAAACAGACAACUAAUGAUUUGCUUCUAUGUCCAGAAUAUUUUACCUUUAAAAAAAUGUCAUUGGCACCAUAAAUAAGGACUGUGAGAGACUGUUUAAAAGCUGUGAAUGUCUGAAACCUAUAAGCCAAGGUGUUCCCUGCCUAAACUUAUUGCUAUUCCCACAAAGGACUAAGCCUGUUCAUAAGUUACCAAAGUUGCCAUUUUGGAGAUGGAAAUUGACGAGGAGGGAAGGUCUUUUAUUGGAGAGUAUACAGUACAAGCAGAUCAUUCUGCCUUAGAGGUGCUAAUUCCUGAAAUUAGAAGACCCUUUCUUUUCCAGUAACGAAGUUAUAAAUAUCAGCUUGUUCAUCCAAGCCACUGGCUGAGGUGUUAGGGAAGAGGAAGAGGGUGGUAGAGGAGAUAAGACAGUAGGGAAAGACAAGGGCCCAUGCUCUUAGUGGGGAAAACUCUUGGAGCUGUUCUCUUUUUUGAGAUUUGAACACUGAAACCAUUGUUGGCAGGGUUCAGUCACUGACAGCACAAGUUUCACUGAAUUGAUCCAAGAGUUUAGUGAUUUCAAAAGCCUUGGUCUCAGGAGAAGAUUAAACUUUAAUAUUGGGCAGUGGUUCACUUUAAAACACACACACACAACAAUUUUUUAAGAAAUCCUAAGAAGUAACAUACCCAAAAUGCUCUGUCUUGAGUCAUGAGAUCCAUCAGUUCUUGAUAUUGUCUAGACUUGCAUCUAGAGCUACAUUGUAAAAUUCUUUUAGGCAUGUGUUAGAUUUCUGUGUAAACUUUGUUUAAAUGUAAACUUCAUACUACACUGUCAGUUUUUGUCUUAAUAAAACUAUAGAUUUAUAA